AUGAAGUUCAAGACUGUGGUUGCCAACUCCGUUGGUCUUGCGACUGUCUGGCAGGUUGCCGCUCAAGAGAUUUGUGGCUCCAGUAAUCCGGCUCCUGAAGCCGUUGAGGCUGCCUCAACGUUGCGAGCAGCUCACCGCGCCGAGGGCUUUUCUUCUAACUUUCUGAGCAAGAGAGCGCAUGGUUUGCUCAUUCCAACGUAUCUGCACAUUGUUGAAGAUGAGGCCCAUGCAGGCUUCAUCACAAACAAGAUGGUUAAUGACCAGAUGCGUGUUUUAAACGAGACAUUUGCUCCACACAACAUCCAAUUUGUCGUCAAAAAUACAACCCACACCGUCAAUGACGCCUGGACCCGCCAAGCUCGUAUCAAAGAGAAAGCCGAAGCCCUUCGCCAGGGAGGCUACGACGAACUCAACAUUUAUUUUGAGACCGGUCUCAUGACAAAUCCAGGCUCAGUCACGGGCAUAUGCAGUUUUCCUGUAGAGGACCCUUGGAAUACGGGGAUCAACGGCACGUCCUGGUAUACAUACGAUGGAUGCCAUGUGAGUGCCGGCACAAUGCCCGGCGGACCCGGGGUUCCGUGGGAUCCAGAGGACAACAAGGGAAAGACGGCGACGCAUGAAGUUGGACAUUGGUUUGGUCUGUUUCAUGUGUUUGACGGCUUCAGCUGUACUGGUGAGGGAGACUAUGUUGAUGAUACACCAACGACGAAGGUGGCGACUGUCGGCUGCCCGGUUGAACAGGACUCUUGCCCUGAGCAACCUGGGCUUGAUCCUAUUCACAACUACAUGGAUUACUCCAAACACGACUGUCUUUCGCACUUCACUCCCCUGCAGGAGGAGCGUAUGUAUCGGUCUUUUAAUACCUUGAGGCAAGGAGUUUGA